AUGCUUUCAUUCUCAACUUCAGCUCAGCAGAACUUCGGUUCUGGCUUGUGCUAUGAGGUGUCAGCGCGCUUGCGGAAAAUCAAGGGGUUUGAGUACGGCAUUCAGGCGUCAUCGGUCGUAGGUGGUUCAAAGCGACUGUUCUUUCGCUUCAGUCGACUGGCGUGA